CGGCACGGCACGAUAUAAAAUAUUUUGCGAAAAAGAGUAAUUCAUUGAAAAAGUCAAAUAUACGCAAUAACAAAUUGCACAUAUAGAAAAAGGCAUAUUUGUCCAUGCGACUGGAUAUGUGAAAAGUGUGUAAUUUGUUUGAGACAGUAAAAACGAAUCAAAGCAGCACGGGCCUGUGGCUUCCUUUUUGCCGGUGGCGCGAAAAGUACACUUGCGUGCAAAGGAGAACUCUAAACACGCGUGCGUUGGUAACGCAGCCGCAUCGAUUUUCCACACUGGGCCUCGUCGCUAAAGCGUUUGUAGUUGGCACUUGAAUCGGUAAUUGCUGGAUCGUGUUGCGGGUAAUUCGAGAUCAUGGGUGCUUAUCUGUCGCAUCCAAAGACGGACAAGGCGUCCUCAGACGAAUUUAACGAUUUGCUCGCUGUAGGUGCCAGCUCUAUGCAGGGCUGGCGUAACAGCCAAGAGGAUGCACACAAUGCCAUUUUGAAUUACGAUAAAAGCACGUCGUUUUUUGCGGUCUACGAUGGUCAUGGAGGUGCUGAAGUGGCGCAAUAUUGCGCGGAUAAAUUGCCAGAAUUUCUGAAGCAAUUGGAAACAUAUAAAAAUGGAGCUUUAGAACAGGCUCUGAAAGACGCCUUUCUGGGAUUUGACAAAAAACUGCUUGACCCAUCGGUAGUUACUAUACUGAAAAUAUUGGCUGGAGAACACAAUUUUGCUGAUGGAGAAGAUGCUGAAGGGUAUGAUGAAGACGACGAAGAAGAUCUGGCAGAGUUGCAUGAAGAAAGCCAUUUGCCAUUGAAUCAGGUGCUGGAGAAAUAUGAGGGAUUGCCACAAACGCAUGAUAUGGCCAAGAUAAAGGCGGAGGCAGCAGCGAAUUCCAAGCCCCAGUCGCCCUUUUUGCGGGGGCGCCGUGCCGCCGCCGUGGCCGCGGAGGCUGCUAAUAAAGCUGUCAUGGAUCCAACAGCUAAGCCAGAAGGAUCAUCCACCUCUGCUGCAGCUGCUGCCGCUGCAGCCGCAUUUUCCGAAGUUGACGGUUCUGGCCCAAGCUCUUCUAAGCUGCCAAAGCUGGAGCCAGAAGAUGAAUCGACCGUGAGCAGCAGCAGCUCUUCAAGUGCUACCAAGAGCUCCACAAGCACCAGUAGCAGCGAUGUUACUGAGUCUGAUACUUCCAAAGCCGGGGCAACCAAUGGAGCUGCCGCUGUAGUUACAGGCAAGACAACUACCCCCACUGAACAGAAUGGCAGUGUAACUUCUUCAGAAGCAAAGGCCGUCGUCAAAGCUGGAAAAGACAACGCCACCGUCUCGGACGAAGCUACUGUGUCUGGUUCUAGUGACGUUGAAACCAAGCAAAACGGCAUGGUUGGAAGUUCGACGUCUGCAGCGCCCAAAAUUGGUCCUGCCGAUAUUACAUCAACUAGCAAGGAGUCAAAAACCAAAGCUGCCGAAGACGAUUCCUCCACCGACGAUGAUGCCGAUUACGAUGAGAAUGCUGUAGGGGACUCUCACAAAGUCGUUGCUGGUUACUAUUCCGGUGAUGAUAUGGAAGAAGACGAUGAUGAGGACGAUGAUGCUUAUGAAGACGACGAGGACGACGAGGUCAGUGAGAACGAGGAAGCUGAUGAAGAUCAACUUGCCAACGAUCAGUUCUGCGCCAACAUGAUUGAAGAGCCGGGCAAAGACAGUGGAUGCACUGCUGUGGUAUCGUUGUUGCACGGACGGGACCUAUACGUAGCCAAUGCAGGCGAUUCCCGCUGUGUCAUCUCGCGCAAUGGCAAGGCUAUUGAGAUGAGUCUAGACCACAAGCCCGAGGACGACGAAGAGUCUGCUCGCAUUGUCAAGGCUGGGGGGCGAGUCACACUUGAUGGGCGCGUCAACGGCGGGCUGAAUUUGUCUCGUGCUCUUGGCGAUCACGCCUAUAAAAUGAACCACGACCUUCCGGCUGAAGCGCAGAUGAUUUCGGCCCUUCCAGACAUAAAAAAAUUGAUCAUAACACCCCAGGAUGAGUUUAUGGUACUUGCCUGCGACGGAAUUUGGAAUUAUAUGUCUAGUGACGAGGUUGUUCAAUUUGUGCGUUUGCGCCUGAAAGACGAAACAAAGAAACUAUCACAAAUAUGCGAGGAGCUCUUCGACAACUGCUUGGCGCCCAACACCAUGGGGGAUGGCACUGGUUGCGAUAAUAUGACCGCUGUAAUCGUUAAAUUUAAAGAGAAGUUGCAAGACCUACCAGCCACAAUCAAUCCGGCCGAAACGGAAGAUGUGCUUGCCAGUGCUCGUCAGCAGAAAGAACAGGCCGCUGCCACCAGCAUCACCAUUGAACAAAACGCACACAAACGUAGCGCCUCCCCAGAUACAGCCGCCGAUGCAGCGGAGAAUGCCGAGACUAUCAGUAAAUCGAAACGUUUGAAGACUGACGAUGAUGCAAAAAGCGAAAAAGUCGCCACAGACGUAAUUAGCAGCACACCAUCAGCCGCCGCCGAGCAAAAGGAAUGCGACAGUGUCAACAGUAACACAAGCAACGAGGCUGCCGUUGCCGUUUCAUCUACGUAAAUCCUUAAAUACAUCCGAAAACUAUUGUAAGAUUAGAAAGCGCAAAAGCGCAACGAUCACCAUUUCAAUAACUAUUUUUAUUGGUCAAUUAUGAACCGCAUUUCCAAGAUUCAAAAUUGCGUUCAUAGAGCACAGAAAUAACAUGGGAAACGAUCGAUCGCAACGAUCACCAUUUCAAUAACUAUUUUUAUUGGUCAAUUAUGAACCGCAUUUCCAAGAUUCAAAAUUGCGUUCAUAGAGCACAGAAAUAACAUGGGAAAAUUUUUUUCAAUGUUCUUAAAUGCGAGUGCAUCGAAAAAAUGUGUGUACAUUUAGGUAUAAAUGUGUACACAAAUGUUUUAAUAAUACUUUUAUAUAUAUAUAUAUUAUUUUCUUUUUUUGUAUACUGUAACAUCAUUCAUUUAACGUAAAAAAAUAAAUCAUCCAGCGGCAUAUUCAUAGAAAUUUUCCUUUUUUGUGUUUUCAAAUAAAUUACUUAGUCAUACAAGCA